AUGGCAAAACUGAAACUUCAUAAAACCAUUGUAGUGGUCCAAAGACAAUUAUACAGUAAACAAAACGUUGAUCUCUCACAUCAACAAUCUUUAAGACAAGCACUGAUAAUCAGUGCUUAUUGGUAUAAAGAUAACGCAUGUUAUUUCAACUAUGUCUCCUACGUAGCUCCAACAACGACCACCAAGAAUGAUCCAGCCUUUGUUGUAGGUUCAACAAACAUGUAUUUUUGGCAUUACAUGGGUACUAUAUAUCGUGGUAAAAUGGAGAUAUAUUACAAUUUCUUCGCUAGUUAUCAUGGAUGUAAUCCAUGCGAUGCAGCCGCAUCUCAAAUUAAACAGAAGAUCUCCACUUUCCAAAGAGAUACUGACAUUCCUUUGUAUACAGUCGAUGAAGUAAUAGAAUUAAUCCGAACCAUGAGAAACCACUAUGCUGAAGUUGCCUGCCCAACCCACAAAGUUCCUAAAUCCCCGACUUUCAAAAAGUUCGAUCUUGCAAUCGGUUUUCAAAAAAAAAAACGUUUUCAUAACGUUAGCGAAGGAUAUGGUUAUGAUUUGUAG